AUCAGAAGGCUAUUUGGGAGGGGGGGGUUGGGGUCUGGGGUGAACUCCAGUCAGGUUUCGAGGACGGUAGGGAAAGGGUUACGUGUAUUAUUGCUUAAGAGAGUUGGGGGGAGGGGGGGGUGGGUUGAGUGUGUGAGGAGGGGGGAGAGAGAUAAAGUGAGAAAUAGACAUUUGAUCGCACUACGCUUAAGGUUCGAGGAUCAGAAGGCUUUUAUUUUGUGCGGGUGGCGGAGGGAGUUGAGUUGGGUUGAGGGCUGGGGGUUUGCUUGGGUGAACUCGAAUCAGGACAGUCGGGAAAGGGUGAUGUGUUUGUGUGUGUACGUGUGUGUGUGUGUGUGAGGGAGGGAGUUUGUGUUUUCAUGUGGCAGCUGGAUCCAAACAGUACUGACUUGGCAGUACAAAGCUGUGGGGGAGGAGGAGACUUGAGAGAACUUGAUGAAAAGCAGUUGUGAAAGAGAACAAUGGAUCUCGUGAACCUGUGGAUUUUGGGUUUGGAAACGACCUGUUGCGGCAAAGGAGCUAUUCUUUUUUUCCCCAGAUGGUGAAAGGUAGCUCUCGUCUCACGAAGGGUCGUCCCGUGCCCACCAUGAAGCUCUUCGGAGACUGUUUCGUCUUGGGCGUCACUCUCCUGGUCUUGGCGGUUCAGCCAUCUGUAGCAGUCAGCUUCCCUGAGGACGACGAGCCCAUUAAUACAAUAGACUUCCACCAUGCAAGGCAAUAUCCUGUAUUCAGGGGACGCCUUUUAGGAAAUGAAUCUUUUCACCGACUGGACUAUCAGCUAAUGUUGAAAAUCCAAGACACACUGUACAUCGCUGGCAGGGACCAGGUCUAUGCUGUUAAUUUAAAUGAUCCUCCGAAAGCAGAAAUCAUCUCCAGCAAAAAACUGACCUGGAAAUCGAGACUGCAAGACAGAAAGAACUGUGCCAUGAAGGGCAAGCACAAGGAAGAAUGCCACAAUUUCAUUAAGGUCUUCGUCCCCAAGAAUGAAGACACCGUGUUUGUCUGUGGCACGAACGCCUUUAACCCCGUGUGCAGGUACUACAAGUUGGAUUCUCUAGAUUCUAAUAGUGAAGACGUCAGCGGGUUGGCACGGUGCCCGUUCGAUGCCCAGCAAACCAAUGUUGCCCUCUUUGCCGAGAACAAGUUAUACUCAGCGACGGUGGCAGAUUUCCUGGCCAGCGACGCGGUGAUUUAUCGCAGCAUGGGGGACGGCUCGGCUCUGAGGACGAUUAAGUAUGACUCCAAAUGGAUCAAAGAGCCCCACUUCCUGCACGCUGUGGAAUAUGGAAACUACGUCUAUUUCUUCUUCCGAGAAAUUGCUGUGGAACACAACAACCUUGGAAAGGCAGUCUACUCGCGGGUGGCGCGGAUCUGUAAGAACGACGUGGGCGGCUCGCAAAGGGUUCUGGAGAAACACUGGACGUCCUUCCUCAAGGCCAGACUGAACUGCUCGGUUCCUGGGGACUCGUUCUUCUACUUCGACGUACUACAGUCCAUCACGGAUAUCAUAGAGGUCAAUGGCUCCCCCACUGUUAUUGGCGUGUUCACCACCCAGCUUAACAGCAUUCCUGGGUCAGCUGUGUGUGCAUUCAGCAUGGAGGACAUUGAAAAGGUCUUCAAAGGAAGAUUCAAAGAACAAAAGACUCCCGAUUCUGUGUGGACCGCGGUUCCUGAAGACCGGGUUCCAAAUCCCAGACCGGGCUGCUGCGCGGGACACGGUCAGGCAGAACCAUUCAGGAACUCGAUCGAUUUCCCCGACGAAACGCUCUCCUUCAUCAAGUCCCAUCCUCUGAUGGAUUCUGCCGUCCCUUCGGUCAUCGAGGAGCCCUGGUUCACAAAGACGAGGGUCAGGUACCGGCUGACGGCUAUCGCCAUAGACAAUGCCGCAGGCCCGCGCCAGAACUACACCGUUAUCUUCAUUGGCUCCGAGGCUGGUAUGGUCCUCAAGGUGUUAACAAAGAACAGCCCCUACUCUCUCAAUGACAGCGUUCUGCUGGAGGAAAUGGACGUCUUUAACCCCUUAAAGUGUACCGCUGAGAGGGAAGAAGAUCGGCAAGUGCUGGGGCUGCAGCUUGACAAAGACCAUCACACCUUGUUUGUGGCUUUCUCCAGCUGUAUCAUACGUGUGCCUCUCAGUCACUGCGAGCAUUACGGCACCUGUAAAAAAGCCUGCAUUAGCUCCCGAGACCCAUACUGUGCCUGGCUGGACAAUAAAUCAUGUGGAGUAGUCAGACCCGGUAUAAACACCGUGUUUGAACAAGACGUAGAGUAUGGCAACACGGCACAUCUUGGAGAAUGCCACGAAAUCCUGGCUACCGCUACGCCAGAUUACAAACCAUUUGGUGAUCCAACAUCUGACACAGAAGUCCCGGUGCUCUCUACGUCCAAGGAAGCCAGUGGCUCAAUAAUAUCUCCCAGUGUGGUUGGUUCACGGACAUUUGUGCUGCAAGCUGUGGAGAAUUUUGAUAGCUUUGAACCAUUAUCUGCCGUCCCCAAUGGGGUUCGCUGGGAGGUGCAGUCCGGAGAUUCCAACCAGAUGGUCCAUAUGAACGUCCUCAUCACGUGUGUCCUGGCCUCCUUCGUGCUGGGAGCGUUCAUCUCGGGCGUGGCCGUGUACUGCUACCGGGACAACUUUGCCCGGCGCAAAGCCAGGAAGAUGAACAAGGACGCCGAGUCUGCUCAGUCCUGCACGGACUCCAGCGGCAGCUUCACCAAGUUCAACGGCUUGUUCGACAGCCCCGUCAAGGAGUACCCGCAGAACAUGGACUCCCCCAAGCUCUACACCAACCUCUUGUCGGGCGGCAAGGAGCUGGUGGGCGAGGGCAAAACCGCCGUGAUGAUGGCGGACCCCCGCGGCCAGCCCCCCGAGCUGGCGGCCCUGCCUACGCCCGAGUCCACCCCCGUCCUGCAGCAGAAGAGCCUGCGAGCCUCCAAGAGCCAGUGGGAGAAGGCGCAGAACAAGAUCAACUCCGCGCGGAACGAGGCACCUCUGAAGAGCCCCCAGAUCAUUCCGUCCAGCCCGCCCCCGCUGCCGCAGAAUGGCCACAUCCCCAGUGCCGUGGUGCUGCCCAACGCCACGCACGACUACAACACCUCCUUUUCCAAUUCCAACGCGCACAGAGCGGCCCAACAACAACAGCAACAGCAGCAGCAGCAGCAGAGGAGGACGCAGAGCCGAGACGUGGGGGCGUCCGUGUGCGCGUCCGCGGCUGGACACCACGGCAAAAAGGAGCAACGCCGAGCCGUAGAGGCCAGGAACACACUCAAUGACCUCCUCAAGCACAUCAACGAGGGCCCCGCAGGCCACAAGGGCCUCCUGGGGGACGUGCCCGUGACCCGCCAGAGCUUAAUGCUGGAGCCGAUGGCCAAACUAAGAGAGAUGCCCCCCAGGGUCCCCAGCAGAGAAGCGUCGCUCUACUCCCCGUCCACCCUCCCCAGGCACAGCCCCACCAAGAGGGUGGACGUGCCCAACACCCCCGUCCCCAUGUCCACUCUGGAGCGAGAGCGGGGCUGCCCGAAGAACUCCUCGCAGAGGCACUCCAUCUCCGUCCUCCCCAAGAACGUCAUCAGCUCGUUAAACGGGGCCGUGCUGUCGAGGCACCAAAGUAUUAACAGAGGCGGCUACCUGCCCCCAGCGCCGCCCAUGAGGCUGGAUUCGGUGCACGGGACCCCUCUCGUGAUACAGCCACAGCCUGGCUCCUUAUCCCGUCAGAGCAGUUACUCAGGCCAGGGCACGCUCCCUCGCUCGGGGAUUAAGAGGACGCCCUCCAUCAAACCAGACGUCCCCCCAAAGCCCUCGUUCGGCCAGCCCACAACUCCAGUCAAACCAAUGCACAAGUACAGUUACUAGCGACUCGGGAUUGUCAAAGCAAGGCACGAGUUUGUUUUUUUUUAUAUAAAAAACAGCCAGCGUGACGUGGGAGGAAUUCUAAGAUCAAUUAAUAAUGCUUGGUUGGGACGAAUGAAUAAACUAAACUAAAAAUGCUCUGAAGUGGACGGACGGACACGGGCGAGUGGCCAAAAAAGGAGCUGCUUUGCUUUCAAAAGGGGGUGGCGUCCGAUUUCAAGCAAAGAGCCGGGGUGAGGCAGGAGGGAUGUCUCGCCUGCUAACGCGCAGAGAGAGAGAGCGACAAAGAGACUGCGUUGAAUGCAGCGUUCAAUGUGUCACUGAAGCCUGUGAAGAGCGUGGCUUGGAAUCGGUACCCUGUGAUUCUGUUUCAAGCGUCAGCGCAAGAGGACGUGUCUGAACGAUGGCUCUCCUUCUCACUGCUGUUUAAGCAUCGUCUUCCCAUUAAAUGUGAACACUUCGAAUGACAGUGCAAGUACCAGUACCAGUACAGUACGUGGCAUUUUUGUCUUGUUGCUUACACAAAGGACUUUUUUUUUUUUCCGUUUUUUUUUCUAAAAAAAAAUACUCCGACGUGAACAAAUGUGCUUUUUUUCGGUUUUGACAAAAUGCAGCUGUAGCCCAAUUGUAGCAAAGCGAGACGGACGAACACUCUGCGGUGGGUGACGUUCUCUGUGAGUGUCGCCGAACGAAUGCUGUGUGAACGGCGCGGACUAGGAUGCACUUAAAAAGGUUCUUCAUUCAGCUCUUGAGCACGACCGAACUACGGCAUAGAUCCGAACGGUCUCGUCCUAAGACUGAGUCACUUGGACCGUAUCACUGUGUUGAGAGCGGCUGCCUGUCUACCUUCACGUACUUUUGCAAUGGAUGUUGUGUCGUGGAGUCCUGUAGCGUAUUGGUUAGAGCGCUCGCCUCGCAA